GAUCCAAAUUAGAAAGCCCAAUUUUACAAUGACCAAAACAAAAAAAGUUGCAUCUCCUAAAACCCUAGUUACUGUUUCUCUCUCUCUCUCUUUCUCUUCGUUUCUUCCUCACACUCAAAAUCUCGAUCAAUUGCUUUUCAAAUCACAAUCCCAUUAUUCGUUCGUUUGCAGAAAUGAGAUACCAAUGGCGUCUUCUUCACCAUCUUCUCCGUUCUCGCCCCCGUAUUCCCAAUCACUCUCAGGUACUCCCCUCUUCCUCUUCCAUUUCCCGUCGUUUAACCGUAAAUUCCUCCUUCCCGGUAAACCCUAGUUUCCGUCAGUUUUCUUCGGAACCUGUUCUCCCUCACUCCGAUAACGACCACGUCCUCAUCGCCGACAUUUUCUCGAAACCUGAGGAUUCCGACGACGUGAAAAACCUCGUCGAUUCGAAUCGCAUUUCGAUCACUCACAACGCUGUCCUUGCGGUUCUGUGGAAGCUCGAUUCAAACGUUGAUGCGGCACGGAGGUUCUUCCAAUGGGUUUCGGAGAACUACCCCGAGAAGUUGAGCUCCAAGUGCUACAACUCAAUGCUGCGUGUUUUGGGGACCAAUGGUUUGGUUAACGAGUUUUGGGAGUUGGUUGAUUUAAUGAAGGAAAAGGGAUAUGGGGUUUCCAAGGGUGUGAAGGAUAGAGUGUUGGAGUGUUUUGAGAAGGGUGGAAUGAAAGGUGACGUGGCGAAGUUGAAGGGUUUGUUUGAUAACUCGAAUGAGAAGAACUGUGCCGUAGUGUGUAGGAUUGCGAAGAACAAUGUGUGGAGUGAUGAUGUUGAGAGGCAGAUUAAGGAGUUGAAUGUUAGGUUCUCCGGAUAUAUGGUUAAGAUUGUUUUGGCGGGAUUGGCAUCAGAGCCGGCUAAGGCGCUGAUAUUUUUCCGGUGGUUGGAGGAGAGUCAGAUGUUUAAGCAUAAUGGGGAAACUUACAAUGCAAUGGCGAGGGUGUUGGGGAGGGAGGACUCGAUUGAUAGGUUUUGGAAGCUUGUUGAGGACAUGAGGAGUGCUGGGUAUGAGAUGGAGGUUGAGACCUUUGCUAGGGUUUUGGGGAGAUUUUGUAAGAGGAGAAUGAUAAAGGAUGCUGUUGAGCUUUAUGAGCUUGCUAUGGCUGGCGCGAAUAAGCCUUCGGUUGAGUGUUGUGUCUUUUUGUUGAGGAAGGUUGCUGCUGGGAAAGAGCUGGAUAUGGAUUUGUUUUCGAGGGUUCUGAAGGUUUUUACCGGAAGUGGUAAUUCGUUAACUGACCCUAUUGUUGAUGCUGUGCUGAAGUCUUUGACCAGCGUUGGUAGGACUGGAGAGUGGAACAAGGUUUUGAAAGAAAUGGAAGAGUGUGGGUUUGUUGCUGGUGGUAAUUUACAGAGAAAAAUUGCUUUUAGACUUAGUGCUGCUGGUAAUACGGAACAAGCUCAUGAGUUCGUGAAUAGAGUUGAAGCAUCUGGGUGUAAUGCAGAUCGCAAGACAUGGGAAUCUUUGAUUGAGGGGCACUGUGUUGCCGGGAACAUUGAUAAAGCUCUUGAUUCUUUUAAAGAGAUGGUUGAGAAAGAGGGGAUCACUUCGGCAGGCUAUUCUUUUGAUGUUUUAAUGAAUUCACUUUGUCAAACGAAUAGGGCAAUAGAUGCAUGUAAGAUUCUUUGCCGACUAGUGAAUGAAAAAGAGCUAAAACCCUGGCAUUCUACUUACAAGCUGUUGGUAACCGAGUUAUUAGUUCAGGGAGGAUUUGCAGAUGCUUUACCAAUUUUGGGAUUAAUGAGAACCCAUGGUUUUCCACCUUAUACUGAUCCAUUUAUUGAACACUUGUCAAAGAGUGGAAGUGACGAUGAUGCGGUACUGUUUCUCAGGGCAAUGACUUCAAAGAGGUUUCCGUCUACAUCUGUGUUUCUUCGUAUGUUUGAAGCCUUCUUCGAGCACGGAAGGCAUGAAGAAGCACAUAAUUUCCUUUCUAAAUGUCCACGGUACAUUCGAAAUGAUGCAGAUGUCUUGAAUCUCUUUUAUUCCAUGAACUCUAAGGAAGCUGCUUCUUCUGGUAUCGUGACUGCUUAAGUUUGCGAAUAUAUCUCAUGUUGUACUCUUCAGAAGAAUGUGCAAUUGCAGUUGUUCGGAAAUUUUUGUGGACUGUAGUUCGAUGCGUCCUGAUUUACACUGUCUUAAUAAUGUACACUGUAGAUUGAGGUGCUGCAUAUAAGCAAACAAUCUAGACAUGAAAAGCUUGCAACAAUCUAUCUCAGUAUUUCUUAACAAAUUCACAUGCAAUCCUUCAGUAUUACACACUUAGUCCUUCAGUGCCUUAGAUAUAUUAUGUAAGCUUCAUUUGUUAUUGGACUGGAUCCUUUUCACAUAGGAUAGUGGGAUUCUAAUAUUUCCACUUUCUACUCUGCUGAGCUUGGUUAGUUGUUUCUAUGAUUGGUUUGUGCUCUUGACCACUACUGACUGUAAAUUCGAGGACGGCAAAAAUAUAGCACUGUUUGAACCAAGGCAAUAGACACUGUUGUGUUUUACUUUGUAGUUUGUUUAUUUGCUAAUAAUGUUAACAGUUUCGUCCUGUGAAA